AUGUCCAUUUCCGAUCCUCAACCUCCGUAUCCCCUCCACCCUUCGGUGCAAGACAAACUCGACCCCGAGUACGUCGCCUUCUAUAACCAGUAUGUAUUCAACAAGCAACAGGUUCAUCUGCAGCCCGUCGCGGCUUCGCGAUCGAGCGGGGUCCUGAUCCCCGGAGGGGGUCCUGUCCUGCCCGUCGGCCAGACGCUCGAUCUUCGCCUUCCGCGGCGCGUCACCGAGGGCCUGGAGGUUCCUGUGCGGGUAUUUGUGCCAGAGGGGACGGCACCGUCGUCAGGAUGGCCGGUCAUGCUGUAUAUCCAUGGUGGGGGAUGGGUGCUGGGCAAUAUUGACACGGAGAAUCCGGUCUGCUCGAACCUGUGUGUGAGAGGUCAGUGUGUUGUGCUGACGGUGGAUUAUCGUCUCGCACCCGAGCAUCCCUGGCCAGCUGCCGUGCACGACUGCUGGGAAGCCCUCCUCUGGCUGAUCUCACAGGGACCCGCGAGUCUCCCCAUCGACAUCAGUAAGCUCGCGACCGGGGGCUCGUCGGCGGGCGGCAACCUCGCCUGUAUCAUCACGCAGAAAGCCCUGACAUUGUCGCCACCCGUCUACUUCAAGGCCCAGUUGCUCUCCGUGCCCGUGACGGAUAACACGGCCAGCGUGGCCACGAACCGUGCCUAUCGCGAGUAUGAGCACACGCCGGCUCUCCCUGCAGCCAAGAUGCUCUGGUACCGAAACCAUUAUCUGCCUAACCAGGUGGACUGGGAUCAUCCCGAGGCCAGUCCCUUGUUCUUCACGGGUGAUUGGUCGGCCCUGCCCCGGGCAUUGGUCAUGGUGGGCGAGCUGGAUGUGCUCCGGACCGAGGGGGAAGAGUAUGCAGAGAAGCUGAAGAACGCAGGCGUACAGGUAGACUUGCAGGUUAUGAAGGGCAUGCCACAUCCAUUCCUGGCCAUGGAUGCCGUGUUGAAGGAGGGGAAGCGGUCGAUUACGCUGAUGUGUGAUCUGCUCAAGGAGGUGUUCUGGACGAACCCUUAG